CAACAUACUCUUCAACCAUCUGUUUAGACGUUAGAUUUCCUUUGUGACGUAACGUGUACAGAGUGCACAAAGCCAAUUACAACAUUAGUAAAAUAUGCUUUGGCAGAGGCACAAGAAGAAAAAAAAAGUUCAGGCUGAGAAAAGAAAAGAGAAUAAGAGCGGUUGGGACUGGCUCUCACACAGAACAUAGGCUGAGCGGUUGGGACUGGCUCUCACACAGACACAGGCUGAGCGGUUGGGACUGGCUCUCACACAGAACACAGGCUGAGCGGUUGGGACUGGCUUUCACACAGACACAGGCUGAGCGGUUGGGACUGGCUCUCACAUAGAACACAGGCUGAGCGGUUGGGACUGGCUCUCACACAGAACACAGGCUGAGCGGUUGGGACUGGCUCUCACACAGAACACAGGCUGAGCGGUUGGGACUGGCUCUCACACAGAACACAGGCUGAGCGGUUGGGACUGGCUCUCACACAGAACACAGGCUGAGCGUAUGGGACUGGCUCUCACACAGAACACAGGCUGAGCGGUUGGGACUGGCUCUCACACAGAACAGACAGACAUGCAGUUCUCACUAAUCAGCUGAGGAAUCUCAGCAACUAUACUGAGAAAGCCAUCCAGCUGCUCAUCUGGGUUCCUGCACUCCUACUACGCUGGUAAAUAACAAAAUAGGUUCAGUGAUGAUCUCCCUGAUACUCCUAGUUUGGGCUGCCCAGUGUGCCGCUGAGAACCUGCUUACCAGUGCUGCUAAAGGAGAAACCCACUACGACAAAGACAAUUCUCAGCUUUUCUGCAGCUUACCGGGUCCCCCAGGGCCGCCAGGAGUUCCGGGACAUCCUGGAAAUACUGGCACCAUAGGAAGGAUGGGCUUUCCGGGAAAAGAUGGGAAAGAUGGAAAAGAUGGCGAUAAAGGAGAACAAGGAGAGGAAGGUACACAUGGCAGAGUUGGAAAUCCUGGAAAACAAGGUUUCAAGGGGAAGCUAGGUGCGAUAGGAAGAGCUGGGCCAAGGGGUCCAAAAGGUAUUCGCGGUGACACUGGCAAGGCAGGGGAAGGAGGAACUAAGGGGCCAAAAGGAAAGAAAGGUGACACAGGACUGCCAGGGCCAUGCAGUUGCGGCUCCAAGAAAGCAAAGUCAGCGUUUUCUGUCGCCAUCACCAAAAGUUACCCCAAAGAGCGCUUGCCUAUCAAGUUUGACAAAGUCCUUAUGAAUGAAGGAAGACAUUACAAUACGUCAAGUGGGAAAUACAUAUGUAGCAUACCCGGUAUUUAUUUCUUCACGUAUGAUAUCACGCUGGCCAACAAACACUUGGCCAUUGGUCUGGUUCACAACGGUCAGUACAGGAUAAAGACUUUUGACGCCAACACUGGGAACCAUGACAUUGCCUCAGGCUCCACCAUUCUUCCUCUGAAGGCCGGAGACGAAGUGUGGCUGCAGAUUUUUUACUCGGAACAGAACGGGCUUUUUUACGAUCCAUACUGGACAGACAGUAUAUUUACCGGCUUCCUCAUCUACCCUGAGCAAGAGUAUAUCGAUGAAAUGAAGGAGAAGAUGAUCAAGGUCAAGGAAACAACAGGUGUGAGUUGAGAAGUGUAGAGUGGACAUUUGUUGACCUCUAGAACUCCAGAGGUACGCUCACACUGACCUCCUGUAAAAAAGCAAAAACCUAAGAGUAAUAUGACAUUUUAUAAAUCUGUAUUACACGUCUAGGAUACCUGUGGAUCUGAUGUUUUUAACCCACAAGGUCCACCAUGCUUUGGUAAUUCAGGGACCUUUGGGCCUUCCCUGAAGUGAAAGUGGACCCUUUCACCCUCAUGUAAAUCCAUCUUGGUGUCUAGAUGAUUGUGUGCUAAUAACAGAGAAGAACGGUGUUAUUUACACUGUGCUGUAAUAGUAAUAAAUAAAUAAUGCUGAGUAUGUUUACCACUGCUAUUGAGUAUGUCGGUAUUAUCUGCAAGAUCGGAAGGUCCAUUUCCUCCCCAAUCAGUCCUCAUGAGCUUUGAUUACCGUUAUCAAACAGAAAAAAAGAGAAAAUGUAGAUGCACACUUUAAAUACUAAACUCUGCUAAUCAGAACAAUUAUAAUAAACUCUUCAAUAUAACAGAGU